AUGCUGGCGGCCGGUGUUGGCAUCAGCAAGAAAGGCAUCGACGGCUGGACAGCUUGGCGGUUCACGCUUGCAUACGGCCAUCGAGAGGAUUCACGGGACCUGGUGGCGGUGGCCGCCUUUCUGACCCACGGGGCCGAGCGCGAGAUGUCCUCCCUGCCGGCCGUGGUGGGCAUCGACGCGGAAGGCGACCUCGUGGUGCUUGACGACCUGCUGCUGACUGAGGUCGACCGAAGCUUCCGGAUUUGGCGCGUCUACUUUGUGAUGGUCCUUUGGGGUGCUGUCUACGCCCUGCGCUUGCUGAUGUCCAGCACAGAGGCGGAUUUGCGGAUGGUGGAGGACCUCUUUCACCUGGCGAUGUUCGCCUAUCUGGUGGUGCUGCUGUUCGUCCUCAUGAGCCGCUGCGACCCGGCGGCGCUGUGCACCUCCAAAGCUGCGCGCUGGUGGCUGGUGCUCUUCGGGCUGGUGGUGCUGUGGCUGCUGUUGGCCAGCCACAUGCCCAGCGACAUGCCCUGGGGAAGGUGGGGCCGAGAGGAGGCCUUCAACCUGGGCUUGGAACACUCGGUGCUGGCGGCACUUCUUUGCAAGCUGAACUCAGGAGCUGCCACUGACCUACGUGGCCUGAAGAGAUAG